GGACCCAACAAGCCUUCAAGAUGGCCUCUAUGUCAUCCACUCCGAUCCUCGUCGACGGCAAGGGCCACCUGCUCGGCCGUCUGGCCUCGGUCCUCGCCAAGCAGAUCCUCUCCGGACAGCGGGUGACCGUCGUCCGUUGCGAGUCCAUCAAUGUCUCGGGCUCUUUCUUCCGCAACAAGCUUCGCUACCAUGCGUACCUCCACAAGACGCACUGCUACAACCCGCGCAAGGGUGGCCCCUGGCACCACCGCGCUCCGUCGCGCAUCCUCUACAAGGCCGUCCGUGGUAUGGUCCCCCACAAGACUGCCCGUGGCGCUGCUGCGCUUGAGCGCUUGAAGCUCUACGAGGGCUGCCCACCCCCGUACGACCGCAAGAAGAAGAUGGUCAUCCCUGCUGCCCUUCGCGUGCUCCGCCUGAAGCCAGGCCGCAAGUACUCCACCCUCAAGAGGAUCUCGCACGAGGUCGGCUGGGCGCACCAGGAGAUCGUCGACAAGCUCGAGGACAAGAGGCGUGUUCGCGCUCAGGCAUACCAGGAGCGCAAGGUCGCAUCCCUCAAGAAGCGCACCUCGGCUGCCACCAACGCCUCUGGGCCACUCGCUGAGGUCAACCAGAAGCUUGCCGUCUACGGCAUCUAAGCUUGGGCACAUCGCCUUUGUUCAACUACACCACCGCAGGUGACCCAGCAGCAGCAGUAGCAUGGUGAUCGGAUAGUGUGUAACGCAUUCUUUCACAGGCGAGGCGACGACGAGUGAGCAUAGAGGCGUUCGCUCUGGUCAUCGCUUGAUAUGGGUCGUAGAAGACGCACCAUGGCGCUAUGCCCGGCGCUCUAUGAGCAAUUCAAACACUUCUUUGGCGGCCGGCGGCUCCUUUGGGCUUCCGUCCUGCUUUGUAUUUUCACACCAACGCAACAUGACCCCGUGCACAUGCACCAACCCCG